CCUGCCUUCACUUUGGCUUUGAGAGCUUGUUCUCUCGGAAUUCGUGUCCAGCAUAACCUCAUAGGCAUAACAAUUAGCUAUUAACAUGUAAGUUGUGAACUCCUUGAUGUAUAAAUCGAUGAGCAACAGCAUGCUACCCACCUCAAGACUCGACGCGCUUGAAAUGGCUCAAAUUGCCAUCUGGACUGCCCCUGUAAACGGUUCCAUUUUCAUUGAGCGUGUGUACACGGUCCAGGGUUACAGAGUUCAGACAAUGUGCGACCAAACAACAGUCGGCCAGCCACCUGCCAUUGUGCAUUGGUCAACACGUCGAGCAGGUCUCCGUUGCAGGCGAGGCCAUUCCUCCAAAAAUGGACAACUCGCGCGACCACAAUGUGCGGCCGUCGAUGCUGGAGCGGGUGUCGUCCAACAAUCAUUCGCGUUUCCCGUUGGCCACCGAUUUCUUCCCCACGGUGUCAUGCUCGCCCGAACAGCAAUCGUUCCUCAAGGCACAGGCCGAGCAAUUGUCCUCGGAAGCCAUCCAGAAGGCCAAGUGGGCCAUGAGCUACGAGGACGGCACCAACGGCUGGAAGCUCUCCAAUUCGCAGCGCCACUUCCGAGACACGGGCAUCCGUACGUACUGCCGACGACGCGACGCCCGUGACCGCAGCGGCCACCGACAACUCGAGUUCCGGUGCAUGGGUAAGGUGCAAAUGUCGAUCGAACACUGCCUUAACGCUCUUUAUUCGGACAACACUACGGACUUCCGCAGUAACUCAACGUUCCUCAUUGAGAACGCGCUGGACGCCGUCGUACUCAACGCGCUGGAGACCAAGACGGAUAACAAGCCGCAUCAUUAUCUCGGUCUCAACUGGCUGGCAAGUCGGUCACCUGGACUAUUUGCUAAGAGCCGAGAUCUCUGCUACCUCAGGAGUAUGGGCACAACAGUGGACAGCAAUAAGGCCAAGAUCGGCUACUUGGUUAUCCAAUCCGUCGAUCUCAAGGAGUGCGCGUCAUUGGAAAACUCGCUGGGCCUCUUGCGUGGCAAAAUGUCGGCCGUGCUGUUAUUUAAGGAGAACGCAGACUCUCACUCCACCAACGUGCUGUGGCAGGGAUCAAUGGGGCUGAGUGGCCACUCGUCCAGUAAACUCGUAAAUUUCAUUCACGAGACUUUCACGUCUGUGGUUUCCAAUCUGAACAAGGUCGAGGAGGCCAAGUACAUGGCCCAGCAAGUGGAAGGCCACAAGUUCCAACGCAUGAUUGCCAGUGAGCGCAAGUAUUGCAACGUUUGCAACAAGAAAUUCUCUCUUGUUCGACCACGCUCUCAAUGCAGCGCAUGCGGCGAGAACAUGUGCAAGGAUUGCGAAGUAUCAAGUCGAGCUAAAGCUUUCAACAGCGAAAGCUUCGACGUGCCGACAUCGGCGUCCAGUCGUCCAGAAUGCGUGCUGUUCUGCAGAACGUGUGUGACUUCAGCACGUCGCGAUAUGAACAACCAGACAGAAGCAGGAAAUGCGCGUACAAACCCGUCGUUCCUUUUGUUCGACAGCAACCCGCAUCCGGUUGCGCUGGACGAAGGUCAUCGUCCUUCAAACGCUGGCAAAACGUCCAAUCAGAGCAGCAGCACAAGCACCAGCUCGUUACCAAAGCUCGCACAUAACUUAAGCGAAGGUCCCGCAAAUAGCAAGAGUAAACGACCGGACCGUACUCCGCUGUAUGUAGGAACAACUAUCCACAUGUCCAGUGCCGGUGAGGUGCCUAUCAGUCCGCUGUCUAUCCGUACGCAGCGCGAGAAGCGGCGUUCUCGACUGGAAACGGAUCCGAUGGAGUCCUAUGAUGGCUUCGACAAUCGCGAGUAUGGUGUUCCGUUGGAGACAGACGAGUACGACCCACAGGAACCCAGUCGAGAGAGCUGCAGCAGCUUCAGUAGCUACAGUAGCUACAAAUACGCGUCGGAUCGUCGCGGGUCACAAGAAGCUCGUGACAACGACAUGGCCACCAGGUUACGGGAGAUCUCACAGCGAGCGCAGGAGGCUCUGGAGGUUACCAAACGUAACUCGUGUAUGAUGAGCGACACCAGCAGCGCCCCGCGUUCGUCGGAUCUGUCGGCGUUUAAAGAUCUGGACAAAUCUAUCGCCGAGCAGGCGGAUCUACUCAACGUCAUUGGCUUCGUGAGUACCGGUCGCGUGUAUAUGGAAAACAAUGGGCCCGAACAGGGCGGCGUGCGUGUGAGUGAGUCGUCCAGUGUCAUGAGUGAGGACGAGAGGUUCGAAGUGAUCACCUAGCAACAGCAAACAAUACUUUUACCAUAACGAAAUGCAGUCACAGUUGAGGUAUUGCAGGCAUCCAAACAGGAAUACUUCUUUAAAAGGUAAACACAAGUUUGAGAUGCUAAAACCAUGGUUUUUACUCGGACC